AGUUGUGUUCCUGUGGUGGACGGAAGAUGCUGCGCUCUCUGCAUGGCCGGCCACUGUGGCGCCGCCCGAGCAGCUUCAUGCGUACGGUACGGUGCAUGAGCCAUGCGGCGACACGCCUCGAGAAGUGGAACGCGGAGCUCGCGCGCCAGGCGCGGGCGGCGACGGGCGCGACCCCGCCGGCGACGGUGCAGCUGGUCGUGCCCUCGGUCACGACGCCGUAUUCGCCGACGAUGGCAGCCACGCCGCUGCAAGCGAUGCAGCAGUUCACGCAAGCGACCGGCGCCAAGAUCCCGCCCGUGGUUGGCGCGACGAUCUCAACCAAGACGGACGAACAGAUUGUGUGGGACCUCUCGCGGCCGCUCCCCGAGACGACGACGCACGUCGCCUUGCAUGACUUUGACGACAAGCGGAUGGAGGCCAUGUUCUGGCACUCGUCGGCGCACGUGCUCGGCGCUGCGCUCGAGGCCAAGUUUGGCGACGACGUGCUCUUGUGCGAUGGCCCGUCGCUGCCCGACGGCUUCUUCUACGAGAUGUACCUGCCGUCUGGCCGCACGCUCUCGGAGCAUGACUUUAGCGACAUUGAAGCAGAGAUGGCCAAAAUCAUCAAGGCGCGGGCGCCGUUCGAGCGACUGCAAGUGACGCGCGACGUGGCCAAAGACAUGUUUGGCUACUCCAAGUUCAAGCUCCAGAUGCUCAACAACAUCCCGGCCGACGAGCCCAUCACGUUGUACAAGUGCGGAAGCUUUGUCGACCUCUGCCGCGGCCCGCACCUUCCGCACACGGGCAUGCUGCAGACGGUCGCGCUCACCCGCUGCGGCGCGUCGCACUGGACGCACGGCUCGGAGCUGCUCCAGCGCGUGUACGGCGUCACGUUUCCGGACAAGGCGCGCAUGAAGGAGUGGAAGCAUCUCCAGGCCGAGGCCAAGAAGCGCGAUCAUCGGAUCAUUGGCAAGGCGCAGAGCCUCUUCCUCUUCCACCCAUGGAGCCCCGGCAGCUCGUUCAUGCUACCGCAUGGCACGCGCAUCUUCAAUCGCCUCGCUGCCUUCAUCCGCCACGAGUACCGCAAGCGUGGGUACGACGAAGUCGUGACGCCGCUCAUCUUUAAGAAGGAACUCUGGGAAACGUCGGGCCACUAUGAGAACUACAAGGAAGACAUGUACAGCGUGCGCCCGGGCAUGGACGACGACAAGCCCAUGUCGUGCGCCGACCACGCCAACCACGCGGCCUUGCAGAGCGACGACGACGGCGACCUCUUUGGUCUCAAGCCCAUGAACUGCCCGGGCCACUGCCUCAUGUUCAAAGAAAACAAGGUCUAUUCGUACCGCGAACUGCCCGUGCGGUUUGCCGACUUUUCGGCCUUGCACCGGAACGAAGCGUCGGGGGCGCUCACGGGGCUCACGCGCGUGCGCCGCUUCCACCAAGACGACGCGCACAUCUUUUGUCGCCCCGAUCAAGUCCAAGACGAGAUCCAGUCGUGCCUCGCCUUUAUCAAGCACGUGUAUGGCGUCUUUGGCUUUGAGUUUCAGCUGCGGCUCUCGACGCGCCCGAGGCGUACAUGGGCGACCUGGCGCUCUGGGACUCGGCCGAGGCGCAGCUCGAGGCAGCUCUCAACGCCUUUGACAUGCCGUGGACGCUCAACGCGGGCGACGGCGCGUUCUACGGCCCCAAGAUUGACAUUGCAGUCCGCGAUGCUCUCAAGCGCGAGCACCAAUGCGGCACGAUCCAGCUCGACUUUCAACUGCCGCUGCGCUUCAACCUCAAGUACGACGGCAGCGACGGCAACGAGCACACGCCCAUCAUCGUCCACCGCGCGGUCCUUGGCUCGAUCGAGCGCAUGAUGGCGAUUCUGAUCGAGCACACGGCGGGCAAGUGGCCGCUCUGGCUGAGCCCGCGCCAAGUGGCCGUCCUGCCGUUGACCGAGCACCAAGAAGCGUACGCGCAGCAGGUGCACGCGGCGCUGCAUGCCCACGACGUGUACGUGGACGUCAUCGGGCACGGCAAAACGCUCAACAAGCGGAUUCGGGACGCGCAGCUCGCGGGCUACAACUACAUUGUGGUCGUCGGCGAGAAGGAAGCGGCGACCAACGAGGUCAACGUCCGGACCCGGGAUGGCAACGCCGUCCUCGGCACGUCGAGCGUCGACUCGUUUGUGGAGAAGAUCCUCUCGGAGGUAGCCGCGUUCCAAUGAGAUUAAUGCAGAGUAGAGGUAUGACUUCGCGUUGGAUC